AUGGCGUCUCGUCUUGCGUGUAGCAAGGGCGCUGCGGCCUCAGUCACCUCGGCUGGCUGCCGAGCGGCUGCCGGGCGUCGCACAGUCCUGUCCGCCACGACAUCACGAGCUGCUGCGGUACCGACUCAGAGGCGAUUUCUCGCCCACCAAGCCGAGGGCAGGCCGCGUUCCGGUGACCAGACUUGGGAGCAGAGGGUGCAGGUGAACGACCAGGCCACAAAGGGGCCAUGGAAUCACUUUGUCAACCGCCACAUUGGACCUCGCGACUCGGACGUGGAGCAGAUGCUGGCCACGGUCGGCGCCAAGAACAACAGCAUGGAUGACUUCAUUGCCGAAGUUAUCCCCAAGAACCUGCAAUCAUCGCCUCGCGAGCGGAUCGUGCCCGAGAUGCACACGAAUGAGCCGGGCAUCAUGGCCGAAUGGACUGGCAGCACCAGGAACAAUGCGACACGAGUGUGGAUGAACGGCGAAGGGUACUACCCCGUCGCCACGCCUAGCGUCAUCAAGCGAAACAUCCUAGAGAACCCUGCCUGGUACACCAGCUACACCCCGUACCAGGCUGAGAUCAGCCAGGGCCGCCUCGAGUCACUGCUGAACUUCCAGACCAUGGUGUCGGACCUGACUGGCUUGUCCGUUGCCAAUGCCAGUCUGCUCGACGAGGGCACAGCUGGUGCCGAGGCCAUGAUCAUGUCUCUCAACUGUCUGCCGGCCUCGCGCCAAAAGGGGAAGAACAAGACCUUUGUCAUCUCCAACAAGGUCCACAAGCGCACCUUCAGGGUGAUUGAGGGCCGCGCCAAGGGGUUCGGUGUCAACAUCAAGCGCAUGGACAUUGGCGACGUUGAAGGCAUCAGGAGCAUUGGCAACGACCUGGUUGGUGUCAUGGCGCAGUACCCCGACUACCAGGGCAGCGCAGAGGUGCUCGACAAGGUGGCCGAGGUGACCCACGACCUUGGUUGCCAGUUCAGCGUCGCCACGGAUCUGUCCGCUUUGACCGUCCUCAAGCCUCCUGGCGAGUUCGGCGCCGACAUUGCCUUUGGCAACUCGCAGCGAUUUGGUGUCCCCCUCGGCUACGGUGGUCCCCACGCGGCCUUCUUCGCGACCAAGGAGGCGAACAAGCGUCGUCUCCCGGGCCGUAUCGUUGGCGUGACCAAGGACAGGAUGGGUCGUCCUGCCCUGCGCUUGGCCCUGCAAACCCGCGAGCAGCACAUUCGUCGUGAGAAGGCGACCAGCAACGUCUGCACCGCCCAGGCUCUCCUCGCCAACAUGGCUGCCAUGUACGCCGUCUACCAUGGCCCCGAGCAGCUCAUGGGCCAGGCAGUGGACAACAUCCGAGGUGCGCGCAUGAUUGCCGAGGUUGGCCGAUUCUUCGGGCUCGAGGUCCGACCCUCCCAGUCGUGCCCCGAUCAGGACGUCUUCACAGACACUGUGACACUCCACAAUGUGCCAGACGCGUGGGAGUUGAAGACCAAGCUCGAGGAGAACGCCGACAUUGGUGUCGGCGUAGGAGCCUACCGAUCAUCGCAGGACCCUACCGGCUACGUGACAUGCGCCGUGUCCGGCAAUGUCACGCACUCCCUGCUUUUCAAACUGGCCACCCAGCUCCAGAACCACCUGGGCAAGGAGGACGAUGUUCUCGCGCUCGUUGAUCGCAUCUGGAACCAGUCGUACAAGGUUUCCGACCAAGGCAUCCUCGACAGCAUCCCAAAGGCUCUUCGCCGCACGUCCAGCUACCUCACCCACCCCGUCUUCAACACCCACCACAGCGAGACAGAGAUCCUUCGGUAUAUCCACCACCUCGCGUCGAAGGAUCUGUCACAAGUGCAUUCUAUGAUCCCUCUGGGAUCGUGCACAAUGAAGCUCAAUGGCACUGCCCAGCUCGAGCUCAUCGGCCUUCACAAGGUCGCUUCAGUGCACCCUGCGGCGUCUCCGCAUGACGUCCCUGGGUACAAGAACCUCAUCACCUCCAUCUCGAGGCAACUGGCUACGUUGACCGGUCUGGACGCCACGUCAGUGCAGCCCAACUCGGGCGCCCAGGGGGAGUUUGCCGGUCUCCAAUGCAUCCGCAAGUACUUUGAAGCGAACGGACAGAAGAACCGCGACAUCUGCCUGAUUCCCAUGUCUGCGCACGGCACCAACCCUGCCUCGGCGACACAGGCUGGACUCCGGACGGUGCCCGUCAAGUGCGACACCAAGACUGGCAACCUGGACCUCGCGGACCUCAAGGCCAAGUGCGAGAAGCACGCCAACGAGCUCGCGGCCAUCAUGAUCACCUACCCCAGCACCUACGGCGUCUUCGAGCCUGAUAUCAUGGAGAUCUGCAAGACGGUGCACGACCACGGUGGCAAGGUGUACAUGGACGGUGCCAACAUGAACGCCCAGAUUGGCCUGACCUCUCCAGGCUACCUGGGUGCCGACGUCUGUCACCUGAACCUGCACAAGACAUUCUGCAUCCCCCACGGUGGCGGUGGUCCCGGUGUGGGCCCCAUCUGCGUGACCGAGGCCCUCGAGCCCUACCUGCCGGGCAAGCAGCACAACCACGUCUCGAGCGCCUUGUUCGGCAGCGCCAGCAUCCUGCCCAUCAGCUGGGCGUACAUGCGCCUGAUGCGCGACGAGGGACUCGUCAAGGCCACCAAGGUCGCCCUGCUCAACGCCAACUACCUCCUCGCGCGCCUCAAGGACCACUACCCCAUCGUCUACACCAACGCGGCCGGUCGCUGCGCCCACGAGUUCAUCAUUGACAUUCGACCGUUUGGCAAGUCGGCCGGCAUUGACGUCGCCGACAUUUCCAAGCGUCUGCAGGACUACGGAUUCCACUCGCCGACCAUGAGUUUCCCCAUCUCGGGCACCCUCAUGAUCGAGCCGACGGAGAGCGAGAGCAAGGCGGAACUGGACCGCUUCGCGGAUGCCCUGAUCAGCAUCCGCGAGGAGAUUCGCGAGAUUGAGGAGGGCAAGCAGCCCCGCGAGGGCAACGUGCUCAAAAUGUCGCCGCACCCGCAGGUCGACGUGAUCAAGGGCGAUGGCGAGGGCAAGUGGGAGCGUCCCUACUCCCGGGAGAAGGCGGCGUACCCGCUGCCGUACCUCGUGGAGAAGAAGUUCUGGCCUACGGUCGGCCGCGCGGAUGACGCGUUUGGCGAUACCAACCUCUUCUGCACGUGCCCUCCUGUCGAGGACACGACAGAGCAGGACUAA